AAGUUCACACUUUUAUUAGCAUAAAACCUAAUUCAUCCAUGAGCGAAUCAAAAACGCUACACUAAGCAGCAGAUCCUGUCAUGCUACUUCAAUUAUCCCCAUGACCCACAAUCACCAUUUUCAACUACUUCAGCUGAGCAACUACGUACGUCCUAUUUAACUAAUGACUGGGUAGAAACAACAUGUGUGGGAGUGAGUCAGCUCCCAGCCAUAGGCGUUUACAAUCUGCACUCCGCAGACAGUAUAGACACACCUUUUUUGAGUCAAGUCUGAGCAGGGAAAGAGCAAAAAGCUCUCCUAAGGGCAACUGCAGUCUUGGACUUUUCCUGAGGAGAACUCAACACGAGGCAGCUGAGAUGGGCGUGGGUCACCUUCAGACCGAAUGGCUCUGGACUUCUCUGAUCGUUUCAGGUGUUCUGGCCGGGGACUGGAUGGUACAGGUUCCAGAAAGUCCAAUCCGUGCUCCCGCUGGUUCCUCUGUGACGGUGCCAUGCACUUACGACUUCCCUGAGGACUCAUCACAGGGGACGCCUCGCAAAGUGCUUUCUGAGAUGUGGUGUCGGAAUGAGAGCUUCUGCAUCACCCAAACAUACAUCUACCACAGCCGUGGGAUCUUCAUAGACCCUGCGUACCGGGGCAGGGUGCAAUACCUGGGCACAACCGGGUCCAAAAACUGCUCUUUCAGGAUAACAGACCUGAGGACCACUGAUAGUGGGGUCUACGUGUUUCGGUUUAUUACGGACCACCCCGUGGAAAAGCUGCCAGGCCAGAAGGGUAUCACCCUACAAGUGACAGAUGGUAGCCGUGUCUCUGUGGUUGGCAUUGUGAUUGGAGUUAUCUUCAUUCUGGGAGCAAUAGCUGUUAUUGCUGUUUGGGUCAGAAGACGUAGGCGAUCAAGAUCACUUCGGAGAGAUGGCACAAUAUGAGUGGAGGACCCUCUGAGUGCUGCCCAGUGUACAGCAGAUCAUCACCUGAAUAUACUAAUGACUGAAACUCCUGUAAAGAAACUGCCUUUUUCACAUUUUAACUUUCUAUCUUAUGCCUUUUUAAUUAACAUUUCACAGUUAAGACCGCAAGCAAUUAUGUUUUUAAUGUUGGAUUUUAUUGGAAUGCUGGUUUAUUUAUUUACUCUGUUUACUGCUAUUUAUGGCGCAUACACUAUAUUGGCAAAAAUAUUUGCACAGCCUUACAAAUAA